AAUAAAUAAAAACUCGAAGGCAUUCUCUCCUCAAACACACCAAAAACUCUGGUGUUUCUAACACGCACACAUUCUCGCAUCACAACCCUGAGAUCUCUCUCCAAAAAUCCAAUCUUUUCUAAUUUGAUUUGCUCGCCAUCGAGAUUUCUGCCCCCCCUUUUCCUCUCCGCUUCUAAUUUUGCAGUAUUCGAUUCACGCAAAAAGAGGGGCGCGUGUGUGUGUGUUUGUGUGUGUGUGUGUGUGUUUGCGUAUACUAAUUAAUAUGGGCAUGUGAAAGAAUAUAGGAUAAUGGCGGCCAAGAAAAAAUCAAACUCCAACAAAAGUUCCCGCAACAGGGGCAUGUCGAUCUCAGGACUUCGUUUAAAGCACCAACAAGAAUUAGAAAAUUUAAGUCUGACCUCACAGCCUUUCAAGACACUAAAACUUUUCGUUCUCGCCGUCGUACAAUAUCUCAGACGAUCAUUUGCGUAUCUUCUGUCACAUGGCGGUUGGCUUAUAGUGUUGAGUGCGCUCGUCGCGAUUGCUGGAAUACUACUCGUUACUGUUGACGGCCCUCAUGAGAAGCAUGUCGAGGAAGUACUACAUUACAUGCGAUUCGGAUUAUGGUGGAUGGCUCUUGGUGUUGCAUCUUCCAUCGGACUAGGUUCAGGACUGCACACGUUUGUUCUGUAUCUAGGACCUCAUAUUGCACUGUUCACAUUAAAAGCAGUGCAAUGUGGUCGAGUAGACAUCAAAAGUGCUCUAUAUGAUACGAUACAGUUAAAAAGAGCUCCAUCUUGGCUCGGCAAAGAUUGUGAUGAAUUCGGGCCGCCUUUAUUUCCGUCGUCGCACGGUGUACGUAUUCCCCUUAGUAGCUUAUUGCCACAGGUCCAGAUUGAAGCUAUACUAUGGGGUCUUGGAACUGCACUCGGCGAACUUCCCCCUUAUUUUAUUUCAAGGGCAGCAAGCUUGUCGGGUGGUAAAGUCGAUGCCAUGGAGGAACUGGAUGCUUCCUCCACAGAAGAUACUGGAUUUCUAUCUUCUCGUCUAAAUCGAAUCAAGCGCUCGUUUUUGUCACAUGCCCAAUAUUUGAAUUUCUUCACAAUUUUAGUUCUUGCCUCGAUACCCAAUCCUCUAUUCGAUCUUGCGGGAAUUAUGUGUGGACAAUUUGGAAUUCCCUUCUGGAAAUUUUUCGUGGCAACCAUGAUCGGCAAAGCUAUAAUCAAGACUCACAUACAGACGGUAUUUAUCAUAUCCGUGUGCAACAAUCAACUACUUCACUGGAUGGAGAACGAACUAAUUUGGGUUCUUAGCUUUAUACCCGGUUUCGACUCUAUUCUACCGAAUCUCGUCUCCAAGCUUCACUCGAUGAAAGACAAGUACUUAGCCACGAAACAUCACGUUCCUAUAAAUACCAAGGGAAAGAAAUGGGAUUUCUCACUUGCGUUUAUAUGGAAUACCGUCGUUUGGUUCAUGCUGAUGAAUUUUUUCGUCAAGAUUGUGAAUGCAACUGCCGAACGGUAUUUAAAGAAACAGCACGAUAAGGAAAUCGCUGCGUUGAAGAACAAAUCGUCGAAGCAGUCCGAUGAAUCAUCUGAUACUUCUUCAAGAUGAAGUUCGAUUUUCGAUUUUCGAUUUUCGAUUUUUUUUGUUCGAAAUCAACAAUUAUUUGCCUUGAAUUGUUAUGAUUAGAAAUAGGGGUUAGAAUUGUGGGUGUUGACUUUAUUUAGUCAACUGCAUAGUGCCCCCUAACAAGCCAAUGCAUUUUUAAAGUCCCCAUUCGAAACUUUUAGGUAAAAAAAAAAGAACUGAUUAAUUUAUUUAGUUUAAAUUAAAUUUGGACUUUUCAUUUAA